AUGGCGUUAGAAUAUCUUAACACUGGUGCAGCAAAAAUGGACGCUUGGAACGGACAAAUGUCGGCUUACGGCGCAAAUCAAACUGUGGUGGACAAAGUCCUACCAGAAAUGCUUCAUCUUAUUGACCCACAUUGGUAUCAAUUCCCUCCUAUGAACCCACUGUGGUAUGGUUUAUUAGGUUUCACGAUCACAUGCUUGGCUAUCACAUCGAUCACUGGAAAUGCUAUGGUCAUCUAUAUCUUCACGACAACAAAGAACCUCAAGACUCCUUCAAACUUGCUUGUCGUCAACUUAGCUGUUUCCGAUUUCCUAAUGAUGGCUUGCAUGGCACCACCACUAAUCAUUAAUUCUUACAACGAAACUUGGGUAUUCGGUCCAUUAUUCUGUGCGAUUUACGCUUGUGGAGGUUCCUUGUACGGUACUGUGUCAAUCUGGACAAUGACUGCAAUCGCCUUCGAUCGAUACAAUGUGAUUGUAAAAGGCAUUGCGGCUAAACCGAUGAGCAUCAAUGGUGCUCUGCUGCGUAUCUUGGCUAUCUGGCUUUCAUCACUCGCAUGGACUGUUGCUCCAAUCUUCGGAUGGAACAGGUAUGUGCCAGAAGGUAACAUGACAGUAUGUGGAACUGAUUAUCUCAGCAAGGACAUGCUUAGCCGCAGCUACAUUAUUGCUUACGCAGUCUUCUGCUAUUUCCUGCCUUUGGGUCUCAUCGUUUACUCUUAUUGGUUUAUCAUUCAAGCAGUAGCAGCUCAUGAAAAGGCCAUGAGGGAACAGGCAAAGAAAAUGAACGUAGCGUCUCUAAGAUCCUCUGAUGCUGCAAACACCAGCGCUGAAUGCAAAUUGGCUAAGGUUGCUUUAAUGACCAUCUCUCUAUGGUUUAUGGCAUGGACACCAUAUUUGGUAAUCAACUUUGCGGGCGUAUUCGAGACGGCACCUAUUAGUCCCGUCAGUACAAUUUGGGGCUCUGUUUUCGCAAAAGCGAACGCAGUUUAUAACCCAAUCGUAUAUGGGAUCAGCCACCCGAAGUACAGAGCCGCACUUUACCAGCGAUUCCCAUCACUGGCGUGCCAGCCAUCACCAGAUGAGAGCGGGUCCGUGGCCUCUGGGAACACUGCGGUUUGCGAAGAGAAGGCACCCGCAUAA